AUGAAAUAAAAUUACUUUCACUUUUGGAUCAACAUUACAAUUAUUACUUUUCUAAAAUAUUUAUCUUUUGAUACGCGAAGCGAUAACGAGCUGUUGCUUUUACGAGUUUAAUAAACAUAGAUAGGGGUGGGAAUCCAGUUCCAAUUUUCCGGUCAAACCGGAAACCGGACAGUUAAAACCGGCCCGGUUGCAACCGGAAACCGGAUUACCAUCAACCCAAUCCAAUUUCCGGUUGUAGUGCACACCACCCCGGUCCAAUCCGGUUAAAACCGGAAAAACCGGAUAGCCCAAACCAAACCACACCAGCCCCAAACCAAGCCCACACCAGCCCAAAAUUAAGCCCAAAAUUAAGCCCAGCCAACCCCAAGGCCAGGCCAGGCCCACCAAGCCCAACCCUAAUUCUAUCCCCUCCCAUUCUCCGCAAAUCAACCCCAGUCCCCAGCCGCCUCAAAUCAACGCCGCCUCUCCUCAUUCUCUCCCCUCUCCCAUUCUCCUCUGCAACACAAACACGAAAUAGAAAAAGAAGAAGAAGAAACUCCAUCCCAUCGCAAUCGCCUCUCUACAUCCCAGUUAGGUGACUCCCGUUUGCCGGCAGUGAACCGCGCCACUCGUAAGAGGCAUGCAGAGGUCUCUCAGCCUCCACCUCCGUACCGCCGCCCGUUCAGAUCUCCCACGUCGUUCGUUGCCCACCAGCCAUCAAGAAUUGUUCAUCAAUAGCUGUCGUCGUGAAGAAGUGAGAGGAGGAAAAGGAGAUAUGAGAUUGAGAAGGAAUCGAGAUUGGGUAAAGAGAUAGAUAGGGAUUGGGAUUUGGGAAAGCGAUAGAUAGGAAUUGGGUUUUGGGAGCGAGUUGUGAGGUUGAUUUUUUUUUCUCAGGUCAGUUUAAACGUUGUUUUCUUUAGUUUAUUUGAGUGUUCCGGUUUUUCCGGUUAAAACCGUAUUGCAUACAAUCCGGUUUGGUUAAAACCGUGCACCAAUCCAAUCCCGUCUCCGGUCGUGUAUAUGUCCAAUCCGGUUUCAAAAAACCGGGUCAAUCCGGUCCGGUUUUAACCAAACCGGACCGUUUCCCACCCCUAAACAUAGAUGAUGGCAAAACUCAGCUAAACACGUUUAUGUAGUAUUCAGAGAAUUAGUAUACUCUCUCCUUCUACUUCUAGACUCUAGUUCUUGGCCGGUCCGCUUCCGGCGCCAACUCGGGGAAGCAACUGGAGAGUAGAGUAGACAGUUCUACUCUCUCUUUCGUCACGUUCGAUCACGCCACCAUCAUUGCGGGCAAAUUCAGCACGUUGAUGAUGCAUAUAUAUGCAGUGUGAGCCCCUCCCUAGCUUCUUCCGUAUGAUUGUCGGCCUCUCGUCGCGUUUGUGGUGGCCGUAUGGAGGCAGACCAUUAAUUAGAACUAUUACAAUUCAAUUACUUUCUUCCUCUAUUUAUAUAUUCUCAGCUAGCUGUUAAGGACUCAAACGUAGUAGAUAUUGUUCUGCUUCUUCAGUUAGCGAGCAGAGAGCAGCAGCCAUGGAUGAAAUCAGGUGGAUCAUCGUCGCAUCCGUCAUCACCUCUCUGGCUCUCCUAGUCUGUAAAAACCACAUCUUUCCCUCACACAACAAGCUCCCACCAGGACCUUUCUCCAUCCCAAUCAUCGGCACCUUCCUCUGGGUGCUGAGAAGCAAAGGAUUCUCCGACCUCGAACCUCCUCUCCGCAAGCUCCGCUCCAAGUACGGCUCCAUCGUCAAAAUCCGCAUCUUCUCCCGCCCAGCCAUCUUCAUCUCCUCCCACUCCCUAGCCCACCAAGCCCUCGUCCAAGACGGCGCCGUUUUCGCCGACCGGCCACCCGCUCCCCCUGUCACCAAAAUCGUCUCCACCAACCAGCACAACAUCAGCUCUGCCUCCUACGGCCUCACCUGGCGUCUCCUCCGCCGCAACCUCACUUCCCAAAUCCUGCACCCUUCCCGCGUCAGGUACUUCUCCCGCGCUCGUUCAUGGGUCCUCCACAUCCUCCUCUGCCGCCUCCGCCAAGAACAGAGCCGCCAGACCCUCAGGCUGAAGGAUCACAUCCACCACGCCAUGUUCGCCCUGCUGGUGCUCAUGUGCUUCGGCGACAGGCUGGAGGAGGAUCAAAUCCACGAGGUGGGGCGCGUUCAGAGGAGGAUGCUGCUAGGGUUCCAGCGAUUUCAGAUACUCAAUCUCUGGCCAAGUAUCACCAAAUUCCUCCUCCGCCGCCAAUGGAAGGAAUUUCAUCAGCUUCGUCAUGAGCAGCAUCAGGUUCUUCUCCCUCUCAUCAUAGCUAGGAAGGAAAAAUUUGGAAAACAGGGGGGAGAAGAACAAGCACGGAAUUCCUGCUACGUGGAUUCGUUGCUUGAAGUGGAGCUACCAGAUGCGGAAGACAAUGGUAACAAGAGAAAGCUCAACGAGGAAGAGAUUCUGGGGCUGUGCUCCGAGUUACUCGACGGAGGGACUGACACGACUACUACAGCAUUGGAGUGGAUCAUGGCGAGCUUGGUGAAGUACCCUGAUGUUCAGGAGAAGCUGUUUUGCGAGAUCGAAAGCGUGGCGGUGGAGGUGGAAGGAAGUGAGGAGGUUUUAGAGGAGGAUCUGGGGAAGAUGCGGUACCUAAGGGCGGUGUGCUUGGAAGGAUUGAGGAGACACCCGCCGGGCCAUUUCGUGCUGCCGCAUUCGGUGACGGAGGAUACGGUGCUGGAUGGCAAGUUUACGAUCCCCAAGAAUGCUGCUGUUAACUUCAUGGUGGCGGAGAUGGGGUGGGAUCCUAAGGUCUGGGAGGAUCCCAUGGCGUUCAAGCCGGAGAGGUUCCUCGAAGGUGGUGGUGAGUUUGAUUUGACCGGAAGCAAGGAGAUCAAGAUGAUGCCGUUCGGUGCUGGGAGGAGGAUGUGUCCUGGGUAUACUCUGGCGAUGCUGCAUCUCGAGUACUUUGUGGCCAAUCUUGUGAAGAACUUCAAGUGGGAGGCUGCAGGAGAGGUUGAUCUGGCGGAGAAGCCCGAGUUUACUGUUGUUAUGAAGCACCCACUCGAGGUCAAGUUGUCCCCUAGGGUUCGACCCUCGUCGUCGUAAGGCUAUACUUUGCAUACCGCACAAUUCAGGAGUACUAUACUGGAUUCUUGCACGAAUUUAUAGAAUGAAUUUGGGUGUGUAGCUCAAUCCACAGUACGUGAUAUGGAUCAAUAGUUUUAAAUGUGUCGAUGAGUUUACAGUUGAUUGAUCAAUAAAUCAAAGAUUUGGAAUCCAUCACGUAAUUCACUUGCCACGAUCCAUCACAAAAAUUCAACAACCAAUGAAGGAUAGAUUUCAAAAUCCUAGGAACCCUAAUAACUCAAAAUCGAUCUACUAGACUACUACCCAAAAUCCAUUCAUUCCAUCUUGAAAGUAAACAAUACCUGCAUAAUCAUGAAUAACAACAUGAUGAUUCUAAUCAACUGAUACAUCGACCAUCUCUUUCCAGUCUCGUGCAUGUGGGAUAGUAAUGAAUCCAAGUUAACUCUUUAAAAUAACAAGUAACAAAAUCACUAUUUCAUAGAGCCACAUCAUAAGUGGUGUUCUAUUUUGUAAUUAACAAAAUCUUAGAGGAGCUUUUGUAUCAUACAGGUUCUAAUUAAUUAAUUUAUGACAAUUGAGCUCAAAUUGGACCAAAAUUAAUGGGUAUUCGACCUGGUUAAAGGGAGAUGAACCCAAUAUUGACGAAUUUUUGUUUGACGGUGAAUUUUUGGGUAUUCGACUCGGUUAGAACGAGUUGAACUCGGUGUUAACGAAUUUUGGGUCGAGUAUAAGUUUUACAUGUGUCGCGUUGCCCCUGGACCCCACUCGCUGACCGGGUAGCGAGACUCUCGUGACUUCCAGUCGUAGCGGCUGAUAGUCCGAUUCAAGUCACAUCAACAAAUCUUCACCUUUACUUGAAUCCUCUUCCUCUGAAAUCUCGGAUGUACGCUGCCCCUCUCUCUCUCCUGCCGUCAAUGCCCUGUAGGGCAGAGUCACCCACUCAAGAGAUUCAGCAAGUUCAAGCAGUGUUGGAACUUGUCAUGUGGAACCGGCUUCGUGAACAUGUCAGCAGGAUUUCCGUUGUGCCAACCUUAUUCACCUUAAUCUUCUUCUCUGUCUUCAAGAAAUGAUAUCUCACGUCGAUAUUCUUAGUCCUCUCAUGGUGGACUUGAUCCUUCGCCAAGCUUAUUGCACUCAAACUGUCGCAAUACACCCCUGCCUGAACAUGAUGUAGACCCAGAUUACCAACGAGUCCCAUCAAUCAUAUUCCCUCCUUAGCAACUUCUGUCAACGCCAUAUACUCUGCCCCGGUAGUAGACAAUGUCACCAGCGACUGUAGAGUUGCCUUCCAGCUCACUACAGAACUCCCAAGAGUGAAUACAUAACCAGGCAUCCAUCUCCUCGUGUCAACAUCUCCAGCAUAGUCCAAGUCUGAAUACCCAGACACCAAGCACUUUGUAUAACUUCAAAAACUAAUCCCCACAUAAGGUGUACCCUUAUUCACCUUAAUCCUCUUCACAACCUGUCAAUUGACACGCUAUGACACAACACAAAAAUACGACCAAGUAUAAUCGCAUUCCGGAAAUGCAGAAUAGUGGCAAGUUUAAUUUAUCAACCCGAGGUCUAGAUCUACUGCCUACUCCGUGAUUAUCUAUUAUCUAGCGGGAAUAAGUUUAGUGAGAGUGAUUGUAAGCAAAGGAAACUAGGAAACAAGUAAUAGUCUGGUUCUUCCAAGUUCAAAAGGUCAUCCGGAUAUGGAUCCCCCUAGUGUGCAGUUAGUUCAGGUAAUACGGUCCCAAAUUACUUAGAUUGAUAGAUAAAUAGCGGAAAGUUCU